AAUUCAUCCAGCUGAACGCAAGGACCGCGCGCGGAGAUGGCGAUUCUGCCAGGACGCAGCAGCUCUUUAACGGUCUCGGUUCUUUACGGAGCGGCGGUGUGUUUGUCCCUGUGGACGCGUGUUGUCCGGUGUGGGAGUUUUGCGUGUUCUCCGCCCGGGGCGUCAGUACAGGAGCUCGCCCGCCGCUCGGGGGUCGUGUUUGAGGGGAAGCUCCAGGAGGAAGAGCGAGCGGAGCGAAACUGGACCGAGCCGCCGAUGAACGCCUCGCGUCAGGUGCGGGUCAGAGUGCAGCAGGUGUGGCAGCUGAAGGCAGGAGGGCUGAUCAAGGACUCUGUAGUGUCUCUCGUCUGGUUUGAAGGGGGCAGAUGUUUCCAGCUGAACACAGGGAUCCGCUACAUGUUCUUCAUUGAACCCACAAAUGACACGUCCGUUUUCACGGCAGUCUUCCCGCCGGUGGAGACCAAACGCACCGUGAGGAAGGAUGUGAGUCAGGUGCUCUGUCAGGAUUGCGCGGAACCGAAGUUAAAAAACCUUCGGAGCGUGACAGUGGAGGACGGGAAAAAAACGGUACUCAAAUGUGAGAUUUUGGCAGGAAACCCAGCGCCCAAUGUCAAGUGGUACAAGAACGGAAAAGAGCUCACAGGCAAAAACAAACCCAAAAGCAUAAAGAUUAAAAAAAAGAAACAGGGGAAAAUAUCUGAACUGUUGAUACGGAAAUCCACGGAGGGAGAUGCUGGAUUAUACACCUGCGAGGCCGUCAACAGCCUUGGAAAAACAAAUACCACAGCAAACCUAUUCAUCAUCAACA